AUGUCGGACCUUGCCUCCCGUGUGAAGCAGUACGGUUUGACCCAGGUCUACUGUAGCCCCGAAAAGCCGCUGGUCGAUAUCGUCUUUGUCCAUGGUCUGAAUGGUCACCCUCACCACACCUGGACUUCCAAGAACAAUGGCACCUUCUGGCCAGCCGAUCUAUUGCCCGAGGUUCUCGGCCCGAACCGAGUGAGGCUCCUGACCUAUGGGUAUAACGCAAACGUGACUGCCUUCACGGACGGUGCGUCGAAGGACAGGAUUCACAAUCAUGCCGAGACUCUGGCGUCCGGACUCGCGGCCAACCGGAAUCUUCGUAACUGUUCGGACAGGCCGAUCAUUUUUGUCUGUCACUCGUUGGGUGGCCUCGUCGUAAAACGCACCCUCAUUUACUGCCGGAACGUGUCAAACGAGAAGAUUGAGCAUCUGCGAUCUGUCUAUGUGUCCACAUACGGGAUCCUGUUUCUAGGAACGCCGCAUAAUGGUUCGGACGUUGCCAAAUGGGGCCUGCUACUGCAGAACAUUUGCAGUGCCGUCAUGCCGAAGAAAUUCAUGGAGUCAUCCCCUCAUUUGGUCAAGGCCCUCAAAACCAACAACGAGACGCUCCAGAACAUUAACAGCCUCUUCGCCGACAUCACAAGCCGGUUCCACAUCUAUUUCUUCCACGAAACACUGUCGAGCGACGUGAAAGGGACACGCGAGUUGAUCGUAGACGAAAGUUCCGCCGCGCCCUACGCCGAAGGAGUUGAACGCAUGGGCAUCGAAGCUGACCACAGUCACAUGUGUAAGUUCGAUGAUGACAACUCCCCCGGAUAUGAAGCGGUUGCCGAAGCCCUGCUGCGGUACUCGCGCGAUGCUCCGCACACUAUCGCAGAUCGUUGGGUUGAAGAAGAGAAAACUCGCCGCGUCCAGAGACAGACCAAAGUCAGAGAAAUCUUCGGCCACGGUAUGUACGUUCCCGACCUUCGCUCAAUUGGUAGGACACAUCUGCUUCCUGACCCUUCAUCUUCUGUCACGUUGAGGGAAAGGUCGUCCCUUGUAUCUAAUCUCGGCGAGAGCACCAAUUUGUCCCUCUCCCAGUCUCUCCAGAGGGAUCCCCUGUUCGUGGUGCCCCCAGGCUUCCAUCCGAACGCGACCUUUGUGGGAAUGCAAAAGCAACUCGAAAUAUUGCAUUCCAGGAUUUUUAAAGCUAAGAAGAGAGCAGAGCGACUCAUGGCCGUACUCAUCUGUGGAGGUCCCGGGACAGGCAAGUCGCAUCUAGCACGCCAGUACGUCUGGACCCAUCGAGCAAUCUACCCCGGUGGAGUCUUCUGGGUCGAUGCGAAAUCCCGUCAGUCGACCUUCAAAUGCUUCUGGGACAUCGCACAGGCUGCCACCCUGACUGAUGAGCAAGAGUUUGAAUAUCCAGACACCGACACGUCUCAGAAGUAUGUCGAGUCGGUGCGGAACUGGCUGCAAGCACGAGAAGAAUGGCUUUUGGUAUUUGAUGGAGUUACCUUUAACCAAGAGAACGACCUGAAUCACUUCAAACAAUUCUUGCCGUUUAAUAAGAAGUGCAGCAUCAUAUACACCUCAGUCGACAAAACGCUGAGAAAAAAACAGCGCUUGUAUGAACCGUACUGCCUUAUGGUACGGCCUCUGCAGGUUGCCGACGCCUGCAAAUUACUCUUCGAGGACCUAGGCAUCAGGAAGCCUACUAAAGAGCAAAUCCGUAAAGCGACUGAUCUGGUGAACCAUUAUGAGUGCCUUCCUCUGGCCAUACAUGCUAUUAGCCAUCGGCUUGCCGCCACAUCAAAGCCAAUUGAGCGGUACCAUAUCAACUCCCAUCUCACCGACGAGAAGCUUGCAGAGCCUUUUUUGAGCAUUAUGCACGAUCUCUACCGUACCGGACACUUUGAGGCUUUGAAUCUGAUCAACCUUGUGUCUUUCUUUAGUCACCAUGUCCCUAUCGGUCUUCUCACUCUUGGAAUCUCCGCCCUGGGCAAGUGGAACGUGGAGAUUCUCACCAGCAGUAGACGUGGCGAACAAGGCGACAUCGACACCACUCUCGGAAUCCUUAUCCGAUACGGGCUAAUUGAGAGAGUCUCCGACUUUUAUGCUCUGCACGCAAGAGCUCUCUCGCCAGUAGCCGAAAAGGAGAAUGUUCUAGACAUGAAGUCAGUGGCCCCUGACUUGUCGGAGUCGCAAACGGAGAGCAGCCAAGAUGCCUUUUUUUCGGUUUAUCAGAACUCCGGGACGAUCGAUGUGAUUAAAAUCCACAGCGUUGUCCAAGGGUUCUGCCGCGACGAGCUGAAAAUCAUGGACGAGGAAGAGAAAAGUCGAUUCAAGGCGAACGGAAGCAAUUCAGAUGCCAGCUUCUAUGAGUCAUGGCUAGUUGUCGCGACCCGCGUCCUAUGCACAUCCUAUGAGAAUGCAAAGGUCCGAAUGGACCGCGCUGACGACUGCGGCUUGGUCAAGGACUACCGCGAAUACGAGACCCACGCUUCGAGAUUGGCCGAGAACAUGCCCAAAAGAUCCUCGAGAGAGCCAGCAAUACUCCGUGACGCUCGCAAAGAACUGAAGCAAGUAAUUAAAAGUAUUGCAAACGAAAUCGACCGGAUAUCGCCCAGUUCAUCGCAAGAAUCUGUCCGCAAACAGAGGUCUGUCUUUGAUCGGUCAAGCGGCUCCUCCUCGUCGGUGCCUGAAUCCGCAAACGAGGAAGGACGAUGGGACUGGAGCGAGUUGACAACGCCCAAGGUGGAAUCGCCGCAGGAGAUCAGUAACCCUCAGCAACGUGUUAAUCUCAAGCCAUUUUUGCCUCAUAUCUUUAGGGAGUCCAGCCUGGAUAAAGACACCGGAUAUGAAAGUGACAGGGAGAGCGCCCACGCGGUUACCCGAACUUCACCUGCGCUAUCGCAAAUGAGCCAGCAAGUGGAGACGCCCAAAUUAUCUCAAGCAGCCAGUUCUUCGCUGCCCAUGGAUGACUGGGGCUGGAAUGUGGUGGUAAAGAAGCAUUCGAAACCUAAACUGAAGGAUGAGAAGCCAAAGCAACGGCCAAGAUUCCCUCGAAACAUCAAGGGCUCCCAGCCGGCAGCUCCGGUCCUCAAAAUCUUUCCAGUCGAAGGGAGAAGUGCUUCGAGCAGCACUUUGGGUAAGAGUCGGAGAAGCUCGCUCGCCUCUGCAUCGGAAGCACUUACGGCAGUGCAGCUCUCCAGUCCUCCUCAUUCUCAUGACGACCUCACUAAGCGAGUGCCAGGUCGACCGUCUGUGAACAAGGAGAAUACGCCAACCUAUGCCACGGUUGCAGCCAGACACACGCAAGACGAGGCUUGCCCCCCAAAGCAGCGAUCGUCGUCAACACCCGGUGGAAAGACCAGGCCUACACUGCUCUCACUGCAGAAUAAGCCUUCGGCUGAUUCCUUGCAUAGCCGGUCCAGCAAUGCACAUGCAUCGCCACUCUCCGCGGAGUUCAAGCCAGACCGCAUGACUCAGUCAACGUAUAGCGAGCCUGAUCAAGGCUACCUUCAGCAUCAGCUAAAUGCUCUUGAUCUGGGAAUAGCACAAGAGCCCCGGUAUCGGUCCCGUCACUUGUCCACAGUGCAACCAAUAGCACCUCCAAUGGGGGAUAUGUCUGCCAGCACGCCUUCGAUUCUCACAUAUAUCCCACAACCACCUCCGCUCCCAUAUGAAGGAAACAUUGAAGUUGCAGUUCCUCGACGUGUAGGUGUGGCACAGCCGAGCCCUAUCGGCGCGUCGACGGGCAAGGCGAGACCAGUCACCCACCCAUCUGCAAUUAUGCCAGGCAUCUCGCCUCCAGGUUCUCUGAUUGCCGAUCCGCCUGCUGGGUAUGCCUCCGAGCCGGCCCUUGAGGCUAUGACGCGAAACCCAUCAACACAGUCCCAUCAGUCGUGGUCGACGGAGCCGAUUCGGUAUCCGUCGCGGUUCUCUCCCAUGCCGUCUACUACGCCAGUACCCGGACAUCCUUCCUUGGUGAGUGGUCUACCACAUGUUAUGCCACCGCAGCAGACGCUGUCCGGAGCAGGAAGCUGGAUCGCGGACAUACCGCAACAAGGACAACCACCCCAGGUCGCUACCAUGGACCCUGUGUGGGCGGCCGAGCCGGCUCCCACUCUGCACUUUGGAGGACAUCGCGUGAAUGUGCGCGACGCACGGCAGCGGCUGGGAGGACGUGUUCAAUAUCCCACACAUCUUCCGCCCACAGUCCCAGGAUACCCCAUGUAUCAUCCAAACUUAUCGGGGCCGCUGAUCCCGCACGAGCUGGCAGUCCCAGUGGCGGGAACACACGGACUGCGAGUACGGAGUGGCAGCUCACCUCCUCGCCCUGACUUUGACGGACUCAACAUGGAUUUGUGA